UCUGAAAAUGCUCCGUUGCAGAGCUAGAGCGCUUCCAGCAUUGUAUGGCUGGCUAUAUAAUUAUAGUGGGCCAUUUUUACUCCACGGAAAACGCGCACGCGCACUGUACUUGCGACCACGUGGUGGAAAGCGGCCAUUUUGCUUCUCGUUCGGUGAGGAAAGGUGUCCAGUUUCGUGAGUUGCGAAUUUAUCUAUCAUGCCUCCGAGUAAGACAACCAGAUUGACAUCAGAUGUGAUCGAGUUACAUGUGAGAACAAAGGCGGAGUUUUGCUAUGUGUUCCAAGUCAACUCAAAAGUCAACCGAUAAGUCAUUUCAAUGUCAACCUAUAAGUCUAAUCAAGUCCAAUGAAGUCCAACCUGAACUCCUGAAGUCACUCACCACUACAAAGGACACCUAGGAAUCUCCUCUCUAUCAGUCACUGAGAAGAGUGGUGUG